CCGAGCCAGGGCAGCCAUUGCGAUUACGACAGCGACCAAAAAAUCCCCGCGACGACCGACAAACAGAAGGAAACACUACAACAACAGCAAACAGACAACACCGAUAGUGUAUCCUUGUUAGUACACGGCGACCAUGGGAAGCGCGACGAUAGAGGCCGGGAGCCGGCCCAUGAAUGUCAGGGAGAUAUCCGAGAAAGCAAAACAAUACGACUGGAACCCCCGGAUUGGCUUCAAGUUCUGGGCGCGCGCUGCCAACACCAUCCAUCAUGAGGGUCAGAUCUACCUCCAAGAAGGAAGCAUAGCGCAAGCUUACAUGUUUCUCCUCCGCUACUGCACCCUCGUGCUCGAGGAUAUGGCGAAGCACCCCGAAGCUAAACUCCCCGAAAACCGAGGACUGAUGAAGCAACUGAACGCACGCAUAAAUACCGUGGUUGAACAGCUUGAACAGCUCAAGCCCCAGAUAGAGGAGGCCUAUGCGAAGUGGCAGCAGCUCACGGCCAGCGUACAAGACAGCAGGGAGAAGCGGCUAUCUACAUCUUCCCAAUACUCCAGACACGCUGCCAACGACGCUGCUCUGUCAUGGAACCAUCUUUCUCAGGCUAAGAUCCUGGAUGCUGGAUCAAACCAAGAGUUGGCAGUCGACCUUGCUAGAGAGGCGCUGCUUAAGCGACGGAGACGACGACGGCAAGAGAGUGCUGAUGAAGAUGAACGCAUGCACAGGCCUCCAUCAGGUUACAGAGAGGAGAGAGGUUAUGAUGCGGGCAGGAGACAGCAAUAUCCUACUCCACCACCAACGAACCAUCGCUAUUCGGAAGACGACGACCUUCGCCGGCAAAUGGAGGCCACAAGACGACAAUUGGACCGCUCGGGAGGCUACGGGGUUUCGGAAACUGACAAUGGUACCAGCGACACCGACAGCUAUCGAUCCGUCAACUAUCACUACCCAGCCAUCAAACCAACAUCUACUUAUACCUACGACUACCCGAAGCCGGCGUCACGGCCGGAAAGCCCAAAACCACAGCCACCACUUCCGCCCAAGGUGAUCCCCUUUGAGCGACCAGUGCCCGUCACCAGACCUCCUCCACCACCUCCACGCCCACGGAAGGGAUCGGGGUCGUUGAACAGAGAUUCAAGGAGGAACGUUAUGCUUCCUAGUCAGACUAUUCGACUAGUAACCGACGAGGACGAUGUCGACGAUAAGCCCGCAAGACCGCCCAAAGUCAGCGAACCGCCGCCGCCGCCAGAAACGCAGCCGAAAGAAGCGAACAAAGUCACCUUCCGCCCCGUCGCCUACCUCGAAAGCGGCGAACCUCUCCGAUCCGUGUUCCUCCCCAGCGGUCUGCGCCGCCGUUUCCUCGAACUAGCCCGUGGAAACACCAUCAGGGAGCUGGAGAUGUGCGGUAUUCUCUGUGGCACGCUAAUCAAUAAUGCCCUGUUCAUCACCUGCCUGCUCAUUCCUGAACAAGAGUGCACCUCGGACACAUGCGAGACCAUCAACGAGGAAGCGUACGUCACGUACUGCAUCGAGAACGACCUGCUCGUCCUCGGUUGGAUCCACACUCAUCCGACGCAGACGUGCUUCAUGAGCUCGAGAGACUUGCAUACCCAUGCCGGAUACCAGACCAUGAUGAAGGAGAGCAUUGCCAUUGUUUGUGCGCCGAGAUAUGAUCCCUCAUACGGUAUCUUCCGCCUCACGGACCCUCCCGGUCUCCCACACAUCAUCAACUGCAACACCCCCGGCGUCUUCCAUCAGCACGCCAUUCCCUCAGACGAUAUUUACUGUAGUGCCCGUCAUGCACCAGGGCACGUGUUUGAGUCAAGCAGAGUUGACUUUGAGGUGGUGGAUCUGAGGCCUGAGGGAUCCAAGGUGCCGCCGUUCAAGAGGUAUUAGUGAUCACCCUCGAGUCCCUCGGCCGCGGUUAUGAAGGUGGGACGGAAGGUGAGGAAGACCGUGAAUCAUGAGUUUUCGGUUGGGGAGUUUUAGCGCUCGCUUUUGUUUUGAUCAUGUUGGACGAGUUGUGGUUACUGAAAA